AUGAAUUUUGUGAGCAGGAGCCUCCUGAUCCUUCUCUCCUUUGGUCCAUUGAUCUUCUCUUCCCUGGGUAAGUCCUUGCGAAGAAAAGCUGAAUGUAUAGGGUGAAAAGCUAUAGGUUUCCUUGGUCAUGGAGGGGAAAGUAACUGACAAUGGUGAGCUCACCUGGAGAAUAGGCCUCCUCCCUGGACUGGAACAGACUCUGGGGAGCUCAAUGAGCCAUCCACAGGGAGGAUCCUAGAAAGGUCUUAGUGGGGAGGGUUCCCCUUGUCCCAUCCAGGAUCCUCAUCAGUCACCCUAGUGUGCAGCACUGGCCUCGUCUUCAGAGCUGCCAGAGUCUGCUUCUGGCUCAACCACUCUGCAUAUGGCAUCACUGGCUCCACCUCUGGAGCUGACCGAGGCUGCCCCACCCCAUCUCUCAGGAGGAGGCUGCCUUCCCUGUCUGCUCUAGAGGAGUCUUCUCACCUCUUGCAUCAGUCCCUGAAAUGCCAGAACAAGUCAGUGUCUUAUGUUUUAAUGCUGCAUUUUAAAUUGUUGUCACCUCCUCUGGGACCUCAUGAAGGAGGAUGGAUAAGGAGCUAAAAACGAUAGUGAUACUAAUUUUCCCCUUUGUUUGUAUCUCUUCCCCCCACCACCUUCCCCUCGCUAGAAACUUUAAGCCAUGCAGUGAAUUGCUAUAUGGUGCCCCUGCAGCCUCAUUCUCAGCCACCCACAUUUAAAUUUUCAUGAAAGAAUUAAAAGCUCCUCUGUCACCUUUUUAUUUUAAAAUAAAACAGUCCCGGUUCAAGUGGAGCCCAUCCCUUUUGUACAGACCCAGGUUGCUCCGAAAUGCUCCCCAAUUCAGAACAAACACAAACUCCUCCUCCAAACAGUAUCCUGUCAUCCGCGCAUUGAGACCACACAGCUCUGCUUGUCCAUCUGGCCCUGCAUAUGGAACUGGUAGUAUUUCAGAGAAGGCUACCUUGGAGGUCAUGACUUUCAGCAUCCUUCCCAGCAUCCUAAAUUUGGCUUCCAGGCCCUCUAGACUACAUUUCCCCAUGUCACUGGUGCCAACAUGCACUGUGGCCACUGACUCCUUCCCAGCACUGUGUGCCAGGCUAUCUAGGCAAUGAGCAACAUCCACAACCUUCGUUCACCCCAUGGUUCAUUACACACCCAACUAUCUAUAUGCUGAUCUAUAUUCUUAACUACCAUGAUCCCACCACCCAGAGGAGAGGCAUCUUCCCACAAGAGGCAGUGAAGACCAACAUCCUGGAUGGCUUGAAAAGAGGAUGAGAUACAUUUGUGGAGGAGAAGACUGUUGAGGGAUUCUAGGCAGGAUGGCUCUCCUCUGCCUCCUUCACUGAAGGCAGCAAUGCUUCUGAAUGCUGGAAACCACACAAGGAGAGAGCAUCCUGGUGCUCAGGUCCUGCUUGCCAGUUUCCCACAGGCAUCCGGCUGGCUACUGUGAGAAGAACAGGAUGCCAGGCUAGAUGAGCCACUAACAGGAUCUUCUUAGGUUCUGAUUUCCCUGAUUUCCCCUCGGGAGUUAAUUUUGGGGUUUGAGGGCAUAUGAACAUUCCUUUGGGGUUUAGUGACACGUGAGUUUUUCUUCUUUGAACCUCUUUCAAGCAAAUAAAAACAUGGGCAAGUAGAAUGCUCUUGUAACAGCCUCCUCAGUCUGCAAAAGCUGCCAGCUCUUUUCAUUGCUUUUGCUUUGCCCAGAUCUGUCACAAGACUUUUGUUAUUAGCCAGUCUUUGCGAACAGCAAUUCUGUUCCUCCCCUACAAUCCACACCCAGGGACAGACUUCCAUAGAGAAGCAAACAUGACUGUUGCUUGCAGACGUUUCCUCUUCACUCUUUGUUCUGAAGAGCAAUAAGACCUCCACCAGCAGCUGGUUUGUUCAGGAGGCGGGGGAAGAGACUGGCCAUGAUUGUCCUCCCUGACAUUUGCCUCUUGCAGUUGCGUGGCGAGUUCCCGCCCCCCACCAGGAUAAAUAAAGACACGAGACACCAUAGUUUAAGGUUAAAAGGGGCGAAUUAGGCCACAACUUUAUUGAAUUCAGGAAUGAGAGGCAUUGGCUUAGGCAUUGGUCCUAACGACUAUCCGGCUCCAGCCCAUUUGCUGGAGACACGGGGAAGGGUUAACACUAUAUCGGGGGAGUCUCCCGCUGAGGCACGCCGACUAGGAGCUCCCCCGGGUCACCGCUCGGGGGCGUGCCUUUGGCCCACACCUCCAUAGGCUUCGGACAGGGCCACGCCCCCCGGAGUCCUUUAACGGACCACCCUUCGCUCACUGGGGGAGGUGAUGGCGUUCCUCGCCCACAUCCUCUUCACCCCUUCUUACCAAUGCCUACCGCCACACGAGCAAUCGCUCGCCGCCAAUACUCUCAUGCCUGAAACCAAUCCCUUACACCCUUUGCUAUAUCAGUCAGCCACAUGUCAUUUCCCGCAUCUGAAAGAUGCACGCCAUCAAGCCAAAUAUCAUUUCCCGCAUCCGAAAGAUGCACGCCAUCAAGCCGGUAGAGGGCCUCACAGUUGCCCGGGUGGUCAAUGACCCACCCACCCAGGGCUGCCACUCUACGCACCACCGCCUGAUCCAAGGCUUUCCCUAGCCCUAUUUAUGGCUAUCGGGCACCUGCUCUCUCUCCAAACCCUGCUUUCCAUCAACAAGGCCCAAAGAAUGGUGAUGUUUGGAUAAGAGGCCUUAAGUUCCUCAAAGUCACUAAAGAGAUGCCACAUCAAGUCAACUGCCUUUCUGUAAGCUAAAUUCUUUUCGCCAAAUUGGAUAACUAAAGCAUCUGGGGGGCCGACCGCUGUCGCUCUGGCCCUAAUUGCAGGCAACAUUCCGGCCCAGCGCAUUCCCCUCCGAGAGAUCCAAGACAUAUUGAUGUAGUUAAGGUGCGGCCCAAGACCGGAAUUGAUGGUGCGGACCCUGGCCCAAUGCACAAUGCUGUGCCCGAUUAUCCAGAUGCGCAUCCUCAUAGCUCCUGCACCCUAGGGUCCCCGUUAACGGCAUGGUUUCUAUCCCAGUGGACAGUGCAGGGCCUAUAAUCCAAAUGUGCACCACAACGUCACCUGAAAGCAAAAGAAGGUAACGAAGCCAGGUCAAGUAUACUGUGAACAAUCACAAGGUCUUACGAAUAUAUCCCUUAAAUGCAUCAGACUUUCACUGCCCCCAAGUCCUUCAUCCUUUCAGCUGAGAGUCCCAAAUGCAGUGCUGCGGUGGCGGCCCCAAUCCUAAAGGAGUUAGCCGCGAAUUCAGCUGAGGAUAAACUGCAGGCAGCAAUCUCCCUUCGCAUAAUGCACGUGGACUGAUGCCACCCUCCCGGCCAGAAAUUUCUUUAAUUUCUUUUUGCCAUAGCUGGGAUUUCCCAAACUGAUUCUUUGGUUUGGGGGUUCCCUGAGUUAGGGGGUAAUGAAACGAGGAUCUUGAAGCCAUAAGAGAAACUCUUUCCCAGGGUACUUUGCUGCCUCUAUUUUAGGGUAUUUAUCAAGAAGGGUUCUAAGAGGUGAGAGCUUAACAAAAGAGAACAUCACAGUCAAGGGCCAAAUUCAUACCAGUUUGUGGCUGUUCUUUUUGGCGGGUCUGUGAGCUUUUCAAGACCCCUGGUGGAAAUGCCCCUGCUGCCCGGAAAGGCUGUUUACCUUUAAAACAUGAAGACGCUGGGUGGUUACCUAGGCACUUCUCACAUUCAUGCGCAUACUUACAGUUUGGCCCCUGGCACACACCCGUGUUGUACUCCCAGCAAACCUCAUGGUGAGGGACUCGCUUAGCUUCAAAUUUUCCAACUUUCCUUUUCCACAUAGGGACCCAUAUGCUCCAUCCAGUAAUUCUGGUCGCUCGGAACCCAGCAGGUGGUGGGCAGCAGGAAGCUUUUCUGAAUCGUCCUCGGCAUCAGAAGGCUUACUUCUUUUGCUCUUCUUGGCCGAAUGAUUUUCUUGCUUAGACUUCUUUCUCUCGUGCCCAUCAUUGGAGACUGGUGCUAUUCUGCAGCCGCUGCCACUUCCUGUUGCCCCUGCGUCUCUUCCUCCGAUGAUGUUUCGGAGCCCCCUUUCGCGGUAAAGACUGAGGUUGUGAAUGCUGUAGCAUACUGGGAAAGUCUGGGGUAUACUGAGAGGUAGAAAGGUUAUAAUUGUAAGCAUGAGCCCUGCCUCCUGAGGAUCUGUCAUUGGAAACCCAGGGACACGUAGACUGUAAUUAUGUGUGAGGAUGCAUAAAUGGAUUGCUACCCGAAUGUGGAACCCUAAAUAAGGAGGCAAAAGUGCAAGGGAGCUCCUCAUUGCUGGACGGCAGUACUCACUACUUGGGAAGAGGCCGGAGUGACCAUGGGCCUGAAUUGUUGGUAAAGGUUUCAAAAGCAGAGGAAACACUGACUAGGCCUGUGGGUUGCAGGGCACAGGAGGCUACCCUGACCCAUCUCGGACACAGACCCACUGUUGAAUCAUUGGCUGCUCUCAGCACUGCCACGGUGGCCGCGGAGGUGCCGGGGCGGUCCACAACGUUAGGUGGCGUAUCCGGGAUGCAUUCUUGGGUGAGCGCCAGAGGUACCGCUGCCACCUCGUCUGCGGGCCUAUAUUGCCUAUAAAAUGUCUAAAAAGCAUUGAACAACUGUGCCAAAGGCUGUGGGUUACUAGGCACUACGAAGGCCUGGGACCCCUCCUGGUUCCCUUGUGCCACCCCAGAUAUAGCGGCAUUUUGCUGGUUCUCUUGAGCAGACAUAGUUUGAUACCCUUAAUUAGCCUGGUUCUGUAAAUUCAACGCCAACUAGCUUGGAUUAUAUGCGUGAGCUGCGAGCAAUAUCACGGUAGUUCAGUAUUGUCUGCACUGGUAAGUUUAAAGUACCCAAAGAUGCCUAACUAAUCUCCAACAAAUUGUAUUUAGCUGCAAACAAUAUCACCAUAGCUCAGUAUUAUCUGCACUGGAUAGCAGUCCAAAAUACCAGCCCACACCUCAAAGCAAUGUAUUUAGAGGAAUACUGAGUCUAUAAUAAACAGAAGAGAACCUUUGAUAAUGUAAGCAGCUAUGCAGCAAGCUAGAGGUAGAAUUAUAAAUUGUAACCCAGCAAUACAGCAGUGAAAAAUGAUAAAUUGACUUAUGCAACAAACCUAUAAGCAAAGCAAAGCUCCCAAGAGCACUUAAGCACUAUUAUCAAAAUCAACCAAAUGAAUUAAAUUGCCAGAUUAAAUAUAUACUUAUAGACUAACAGAUGAAAUACCAGAAAGAGAUGAACGUAGAAGAGGCAUGAGCUAUUUACUUUAGAUUCCCUAUAAACCUGUAUGCAAAGAUUAUUUUGCAGGCGAAGAAGCCCUUUAAUAAAUCAAAUGAUAUAAAACCCGGAUCUCUUUUUCCUUAUAACUAUCAAUUGACUAUACCAAAUUAUAAAACUUAAUGCCUAGGCAGAGAGUAAAUGAUACAGCUCCUCAGAGCACCACAAGCUGAAUGAAAUAAUUUGAAUUCCAAUAUACUGUGCACUAAUAAUUCAGUUUAAUUUAAAUGUGUUUCGUAAAUUCCCAGAAUGAAAUUCUCAAGAGUGUAAGUAUAAACAAAAGCAGUCAAAUUAAUUAGAGGAUAUCAAUUCUAAGAUCAGCCUAGCCAGAGACGCUGUAGCCAGCUCUAUACAAGCUUAUGCACCAAGAGGAGGGGCUCUCUGCAGCCCCUUGUGCGCUCUUAUUUAAGCUAGGCUCUUUUAAUAAUUGCGCUAUCAUCCUUUGUUUAUAUUGCUUAUGUUUAUUUCCUUUGUUUAUAUUGCUUUUGAAUUUAACCAACGAGAAAGUGAGGGGCACUCGAAAAGGAGAUAGCUCCCACGUGGUUUUGCCUCUCCUAAAAUGGCUGCCGCCGCAAGGCCACGUGGGCAAUCAAAAUGGCAGCCGUAAUGCGUUCCCAUUGCCUAGCGACAAUGAACACGUGCGAAAACACUUAACGCUAGCCCUUUAAUACUGAAAAAUUCCGCAGCCUCAAGAGCAAAACCUGCAGGCAUUCCCCACGUACCCCUUAUGAACGUUAAUUAUUCCCCUGGUUUUCUCGCCGGUUAAGCUUAAAAGGGAGGGUUUGUAAAAUUACUUCCCACGUGGAAUGCCUAUAGUAAAAUGGCGGCCGCCCGGAAGGGCACGUGGGCGGAUGAAAUGGCGGCCGGGGCGCGCUGGUUGCCCAGCAACGGCGCAGCUGCUUCCGAUGCUUUCCAAGUCUAAACUUCCGCGCGAAAAUGAAACAGCCUAUAGAGGAAGCGAUGCUCUGUGGAACCCACUCAACCCCUCAAGAAUGCUGCUGAAAUGAUUAUUUAACAAGAAAUUCUGCCCCUCACCCCAGCGAGAAAAUGAAACACAACCGGCACAAAACGCAGCCCGCUCUCCUCCCGCAGCUGCCGUUCCGCCUAAUUGCACCAUGCUCCCCUGCACAAACCCCUAGCUAAAACCUGAAGCCCCAACAGCAAAACCUGAUUGGAUGGGUGCGCUGCGUCCUCCGUGGGAAUAACGAAGAGGAGCCAAACGUUCUUCCUUGAGCUCCUUGCAGAACAGGCAGUCAGCAGCCGAGGGCAAGCAACGGAUCAGCAGAAAAAGCUCCACAAAGCUGAAUAAAUUCCUCUGAAGGGGGCAUGCAGCAGCAGGCACGGCAAGCUCCUGAGGGCAGGGAACUUGCACCGAAACACACAGAGCUCCCUGUAAAACUGUAGACGUGAAAGAGAUGCUGGAAGGAAAGCACACAAACACACACACAGUGAUUUUAGCUCAAUUACAGCUCCGGUGUUAAACUGCAGCAGCUGGAAUGGAGCGCAAAGGGGAAACCCCAGAAGGAGAAAAGCCCCAAAUUGGUUUCAGCUCCAAAACUAGAGAUAACAACUCCUGAACAUCAAGCAGUUUAGAAAUAAAGCAACACCAGCAGCGAAUGCUGGAAAUUCUCUGUAAAAGAAAAGGAGCUUUUUCUGUGAAGCUACAGCAUAUUCCACGAGGUGCCCUGCAGCUCAAGAACAAAGGCAACAAAGAAGCAAGGCAGGAACGCUCCAGGCAACGCAGAUAAGAUCUCCGACAAACAGGAACAGCUGAUAUGCGGGAAACAAACGUGGGGGCUAGCCGGCGAAAAGAGGGCGAGCCCCCUCCGCGCUGGCCCUAAAUAGGGCAGACCCCCUGCUCUCGCGGGGGCUGAAACCAGCCCCUGCUCACGUGGGGGGUGGGCGUGAAGCCCGCAACCCCACCUCCUGGGCAGGCUGGAAGUGGCUUUGCCAGACUCCUCUGGAGAAGGAUAUGGGAGCCAGCUGUAUGCCAUCUUCCCCUCUGAGCUGUAUUUAAGCCACACUGCUUGGAGUGUAGCAAGACCAGGGCCAGAAACUUUAUUAUCAGUUAACUCUUGUGUUGCUUUGUAUUUGCACAGACAAGCGGAGACCCCGCAACUCCGGGCAACACCCAAGUGGAAUAAUGACUCAAGACAACGUGUUAUGGGAUUAAAAUUUGGCCACAACUUUAUUAAAGCUUCAGAUGUAGGGAGACCUUGGCUUAGGCAUUGGGUGUUUAUCCCUCCCAGUCCCCGCCUGGGGAUCUGGGGAGCAUCAGGGUUAUCCAGAAUGUGUGGGGGCUGAGCUGGCUCUGGAGAACAUCUGUUCAAGCAGAGAGCCCGCCCCCCAUUUCGCUGCCGUCGCAGGGGGAGAGCAAUGACAACCUAUUGGCAUAUGGCCAAUGCCUCCCCUGAAAACAACUCCUUUAACGGGGAACCCUGGGAUCGCACCACGGGGGGGGGCAUGGGUCACCCUUCACCCCCCCCCCCCAAUUUAGGGAAGUUAGGCUAAAGGAUUCCACCCAAGUCGUGAAACCGCCAAAGCUGUGAUAUUUUGCUACGGGGAUGGCAAAACCUGCCAAUGUGGGAAAAUUCCUUUCCAGCCCUUCAACAGUGACGUGACAUAGCAGCACCUGCGUACCUGUGAAGAAGAGGUUAACCUGCAAAAGAAGGCUUAACUGAGGGAAGGGAGGGUGGGAGAAGCUGUGAAGUGGUCUGAGAACUCCCAGGUAAGUUCCGCCCACUAUUGUGUGGGCUGUGCCAUCCCUCCCCUUACCUGGCCAACACUCUCCUGGCAACGCCUUCCCAGCUGGGAUUGGGCAACUGGCAGAGGUAGGCCUCCAGGUGUCCAGCCUUGUGGGGGCGAAUCCAGGCUGUACUGCCAGGAGCCACAUGGGAUGGGGGGGGGCUGCGCGCGACCAUGCAAAAGGCACCCCCCAUUUGAUGUGGGCGGCGGUCUUUAUGUACUUAAGCCCCAAAUUGGGGGGGGGGGGAUAUUGAAUUUAUCAUGCGUUUGCCAAAAUACUUUAUUCCUGUCAUUUUUUACGUUUACUGUCAUAUUCUGUAUUUCAAACAUUUGUAUUUCCAAUGCUCUGUAUUUUGAUGUUUUGAAUGGCUGCUGUGAGUCAUUUUCAGCUCAGCUCCUUGUGGUACAGAUGCAUAUAAAUAAACUCAAUCAAUCUUGCUUACUAGUGCCCAGUUUCUGGUGCCACAGUGAUCUUUGUUACUGAGCUAUGUUUGUAGGACAAUCUGUGUAUAUGACAAACACAAAAGAGAGCCCAACCGUAGGUGGCGAGAGAACCAAUGAUCGGUAGAGCCAACUAAUUCUAUUUCUGUCCCCACCUGUCCUACUGAGAGCUAUGAGAGCAACACAGAUACUAAAGAGGAAAGGCCAACUGGCAGGCUAGGUGAAAGUGAAGAAAGAAAACAGAUGGAUUCACUGCAAGAUACUAUAAAGAAAUGAAAUACACCCUACUUGCGCCAAUGAAAGAAGUUAUGAAUAAUAUAUUAAAGAAGGGAGAAUUACCAGAAACAUGGAAAGAAGCUUAUAUUACACUCAUUCCGAAGCAAGAUUCAGACUUAACGCAAGUAAAAAACUAUCAGCCGAUUUCUUUGUUAAAUAAUGAUUAUAAGUUAAUUGCAAGCAUAUUAGCAAACAGGAUGAAAAAAAAAAAUAUUGAAAGAAAUGAUACAUAAAGAUCAGGCAGGUUUUCUUCCUGGAAGACAAAUGAAAGACAAUAUAAGAAAUAUAGUUAAUAUAACUGAGUAUCUGACAGCCAGGAAUGAAAAACAAGCAAUGUUAAUUUUUGUGGAUGCUGAAAAGGCCUUUGAUAAUAUAUCUUGGGAAUUUAUGUUAAAAAAUUUAGAAUUCAUGGAUAUGGGUCAAUUCUUUCUAAAUGGAAUAAAAGUGAUAUACACAGAACAAAGAGCAAAACUGAUUGUAAACAAUAUAGUAACAGAAAAUAUUGCAAUUACUAAAGGCACAAGACAAGGAUGUCCUCUUUCACCAUUAUUAUUCAUAUCGAUUCUGGAAGUCUUUUUAAGAUCGAUAAGAAGAAAUGAAUUAAUAAAGGGUGUCACAGUCAGUCGAAAUGAGUAUAAAGUAAAAGCCUUUGCUGAUGACUUGGUAUUAACAAUUGAAGAACCAUCUACAAGUAUUAAAGAGGUAUUAGAGGAGAUAGAACAGUUCGGCCAAGUGGCUGGCUUUAAACUGAAUGAAAAGAAAACUAAGAUAAUUGUUAAAAAUAUGAAACAGGAGUUGGUUGAAACAUUGCAGCAACAAAUAGGUAUAGAAGUGGUUAAGAAAGCCAAAUAUUUAGGAAUUUGGUUAACUUCAAAAAAUAUUGAUCUGUUUCAAAAUAAUUAUAUACAAAUGUGGAAUAGUGUUAAAAGAGAUCUAGAGGUAUGGGGAAGGUUGAAGUUAUCAUUUUGGGGUAGGAUUGCUGCGAUAAAGAUGAAUGUGCUACCAAAGAUGUUAUUUUUGUUCCAGACAAUUCCAAUAAUCAAAGGGGCAGCAAUAUUUAAAGAAUGGCAAAAGAUAAUUUCAAGAUAUAUCUGGAAGGGUAAGAAGCCGAGAAUACAAUAUAAGUUAUUAACAGAGGCUAAAGAAAGAGGAGGCUUCGCCCUGCCAGACUUGAAAUUGUAUUAGGAAGCGUUGUGCCUCUGUUGGUUGAAGGAAUGGAUGAAAUUAUAAAAUACUGAAUUGCUGGACCUGGAAGGGUAUGAUAAUAGAUUUGGUUGGCAUGUGUAUCUAUGGUAUGAUAAGAAAAAAGUCCAUAAAGGAUUUGGAAACCACAUAUUUCGAAGAUCUCUUAUAUAAGUUUGGGAUAGGUAUAAAAACCUAUUGGAACAAAAAACUCCACAUUAGAAGCGAUGUGUGUUAAAAAGGUCAAUAUCAGUGGGAAAUGGAUAACAUACGGGAAAUUAAUAAUUAGAGAAGAAGGAAAAUGGAAACUGAAACCAUAUGAAGAGGUGAAAGAGUAUGUUAAUGAUUGGUUACAUUACUAUCAGGUUAAUGAAAUGUUUAAACAAGAUUUUAAAGAGAAAGGCUUUCAGGAUAAAGAAUCGAAGUUUCAACAAGAGAUAUUGAAUAAUGAUAUUAAAAUUUUGUCUAAAAUGUAUAAAUUGUUGCUUGAAUGGCACUUAAAAGAUGAGGAGGUCAAGUCGGUUAUGAUUCAUUGGGUCAAAGAUUUCGGGUAUAAUAUACAGCUGAGUGAUUGGGUAAAAUUAUGGAAAGAAGGUUUAAAAUUUACUGCAUGCAAUGCUCUAAAAGAGAAUAUGAUGAAAAUGAUGUAUAGAUGGUAUAUUACACCAGUGAAGUUAGCAAAAAUGUAUAAAAUUAGUAAUAAAUGUUGGAAAUGUAAGGCAAAAGAAGGAACAUUUUAUCACAUGUGGUGGGAAUGUAAGAAGGUGAAAUGCUUCUGGGAGAUGAUAUAUAAUGAGUUGAAAAAAUGAUGAAAUAUACAUUUUUAAAGAAACCAGAAGCAUUUCUCUUGGGUAUUGUUGGAGAUGAUAUAAAUAGAAAGGAAUGUAAGCUUUUUCUAUAUGCAGUAACAGCAGCAAGAAUGUUAUUGGCCCAAAAAUGGAAGCAAGAAGAAUUACCAAAGAUAGAAGAAUGGAGGAUGAAAUUAAAGGACUAUGCGGAACUUGACAAACUAACAGGAAGGAUUCGAAACCGGCGGGACCAGAAAUUCACCGAAGACUGGAGUAAAUUUACGGAUUAUUUGAAAAGUAUUUGUGAUGACCAGAAGACGUUUGUAGGCUUGCAAGAAGUUCUGUCAGGAAUAAGUUAAGAAAUAUUGUAAAAAUGUGAAAGAAGAGAUGAUAUGUUAAAAGAGGUAAUGGUAAUAUUAAGUUGUUGUUGUUGUUUAGUCGUUUAGUCGUGUCUGACUCUUCGUGACCCCAUGGACCAGAGCAUGCCAGGCACUACUGUCUUCCACUGCCUCCCGCAGUUUGGUCAAACUCAUGUUUGUAGCUUCGAGAACACUGUCCCACCGUUUCAUCCUCUGCCGUCCCCUUCUCCUUGUGCCCUCCAUCUUUCCCAACAUCAGGGUCUUUUCCAGGGAGUCUUCUCUUCUCAUGAGGUGGCCAAGGUCUUGGAGCCUCAGCUUCAGGAUCUGUCCUUCCAGUGAGCCCUCAGGGCUGAUUUCCUUCAGAAUGGAGAGGUUUGAUCUUCUUGCAGUCCAUGGGACUCUCAAGAGUCUCCUCCAGCACCAGAAUUCAAAAGCAUCCAUUCUUCGGCGAUCAGCCUUCUUUAUGGUCCAGCUCUCACUUCCAUGCAUCCCUACUGGGAAAACCAGAGCUUGAACUAUACGGACCUUUGUUGGCAAGGUGAUGUCUCUGCUUUUUAAGAUGCUGUCUAGGUUUGUCAUUGCUUUUCUCCCAAGAAGCAGGCGUCUUUUAAUUUCGUGGCUGCUGUCACCAUCUGCAGUGAAUAUUAAGUUAGGAAAUGUAUAUGAAGUGAUUAAGAUGGAGGAUUAUCAGAGGUGCUGAUGGAAGUCCAACAAGAUUGUAUUUGUAAUAAAUUGUGUGGUAUGUUUUCUAAUUUUGUAUGAUAAAAAAGCAAUAAAAAAAAUUUAAAAAAAGAAAGUGACAAAAGAAGACAGGUGGGGACUGGCUAAGGACAGGCUGAAGCAAGCAAUGCCCCACUCACCCUCAGCGAACAGUCUCCACUGCUGUGAAGUGCUGCUGCUGCUGCACAUUUUCAACUGUUUCUCUUCUUUGCAGUGGUUUUGCAGGACUCCGAAAGGUUGGUGAUUUAUACCCCACCCAUCUGGCUGGGUUUCCCCAGCCACUCUGGGCCACUUCCAACCAAAUAUUGAAAACAAUACAGCAUCAGACAUUAAAAACUACUCUAAACAGGACAGCCUUCAGUUGUCCUGUAAAACUAAAAUAGUUGUUUAUUGCCUUGACAUCUGCUGGGAGGGCAUUCGACAGGGCAGGCGCCACCACCGAGAAGGCACUCUGCCUGGUUCCCUGUAACCUCACUUCUUGCAGCAAGGGAACCGCCAUAAGACCCUCGGAGCUGGACCUCAGCGUCCGGGCUGGACAAUGGGGGUGGAGACGCUCCUUCGGGUAUACUGGACCGAGGCCGUUUAGGGCUUUCAAGGUCAGCACCAACACUUUGAAUUGUGCUCGGAAACGUAUUGGGAGCCAAUGUAGAUCUUUCAGGACCAGUGUUAUAUGGUUUAAGCGGCCGCUCCCAGUCACCAGUCUAGCUGUCGCAUUCUGGAUUAAUUGCAGUUUCCGAGUCACCUUCAUAGGUAGCCCCACGUAGAGCGCAUUGCAGUAGUCCAACACCUAAUCUUAACAGAACAGAAACCUUUAACAGGUACACAAACAGGAGUACAGCAGGUGUGCAUUGCUAAAACACAUAGAAGCACCCUGAGCUCGCACUCUUUCUCCUCCUCCACUGCUCCUUCCUGGUUUAUAAGGGGAGGAACAAAGAGCUGUGAAAGGAGGAGUCAGAAACAAAGGAGGGGAAACACAGUUUUUCUUGGAUGAGAAGAGGAGGGGAAGUGAGCACAGACAGCCUUGCUGGUUUAAAGAGCAGGAUCUGAUCUGCUGGGAAGUGAGAGGACGGAAGGAAAUGACCAUUGUGUUUGAAAAUUUGUGACUCUUGCUAAUAAGACUCUGGACUCAGGCAAUGCUUAUAAGAUGGAUGAACCGGCUUAUUUUAGGGCAUCUAUCCUGUGCAGAAAAAUGAAGCUGUUCUCCUCAUGGUGGUGAAACAGAUACCUCAAUGGGAUGUGCACAGGCAGGACUUGAGCUCAACAGCAGCAAAUCUCUCCAUCUGUGAUUCCCAGAAACAAGCAUUCUGGUGCGUGACUGCCACUCAUGGCUCUUUAGCAAUCCACAAUUGUGGAUUUUUCUCACAAAAGACCUCUUCUUCAGACUAUUGCUGUACUCUUCCUUGGGUAAGGACUUCACUGCUUCUCCCUCAAAAACAAAACAAAAACAAAAACACACCCCACCUAAAUGCAUGGAGGGGGCAAUCUGAGUUUGAUUUGUCAUGAAGAGGGAAAUCAUUGGCAAUAUUGGUUACUAGCACACAGGGCCUUCUCUCCCCAGCUUGAACCCUCCCAGAACACCCUGGCUGGCUUUAAAGGAAGCUCCAACAGAAGACUUUUGAGAGUUUAAUUGUAUAUGUGAUAUUUGUUACUGAGCUGAACUUGGGAGAACCAUUUGUUUAUAGGAUCCAGGUGAUCAUCUCCCCUGAAGGUGUGGGGUGGAACAGAAUAAAAGCACAGGACAUGCUGACAAGUUAACCUCAUCUCCAGGGCAGAAAUAUUUUCCUGUGGGAUAUUUUCCUAUGAUGUAUCAAGUUAUUCACCAAUAUAAAAUAAAUGUCAGUAAGGAGGAAACCAGCAUCUUAAAAACAGAGGCAUCACCUUGCCAACAAAGGUCCGUAUAAUUAAAGCUAUGUGUCAGGGAACUGACAUCGGAGCCAGAGGCAGAGGCAAGGCUCUCAAGCGAUGCUGGAGAAGGGCCCAGCAGGGGGAGAGGCAGCACAGCAGCUGGGGAAGGAAAUCAGCGUAACACCAGGGAUAAAGGGGGGCAGAUGGGGGAAUCGGCAAGGGGGCUCCAGGACUCCUCGCCGGAGACCAGCGGGGAGAGCACGGGUCCUCUGCUACCCACACCCUCCCUGCACAGAAGACUUCCGCGCAGGGAGAGUAGGAGGAGACUUGGGGUCAAACAGCUUUUAUGCUGGAAAAGGUUUAAGGAACGCCCACUGACGGAUUCUGCUAGCAACUGAGGCAGCCACGAAUUGAAGGGCUGUCCAGACCGAAAAGGUUUAACAAGGCAACAUAGCCAGGAGUGGCGGCAACUUACGCACGAGCAACCCCUAUAUUUAUUACACUAUGGUUUUCCCAUUAGUGAUGUGUGGAAGUGAGAGCUGGACCAUAAAGAAGCCUGAUUGCCGAAGAAUGGAUGCUUUUGAAUUCUGGUGCUGGAGGAGACUCUGGAGAGUCCCAUGGACUGCAAGAAGAUCCAACCUCUCCAUUCUUCAGGAAAUCAGCUCUGAGUGCUCACUGGAAGGACAGAUCCUGAAGCUGAGGUUCCAGUAAUUUGUCCACCUCAUGAGAAGAGAAGACUCCCUGGAAAAGACCUUGAUGUUGGGAAAGAUGGAGGGCACAAGGAGAAGGGGAUGACAGCGGACGAGAUGGUUGGACAGUGUUCUUGAAGCUACUAGCAUGAGUUUGACUGCGGGAGGCAGUGGAAGACAGGAGGGCCUGGCGUACUCUGGUCCAUGGGGUCACAAAGAGUCGGACAUGACUAAAUGUCUAAACAACAACAAAGAGGAAAGAGUGAAUUAAAGGAGCCAAUCAAUGAGCAGGAAAAGGCGACUGGGGAUCCUGGUGGAACAGACUCAGUUUCUUCUCUGAACUGUGUGUUAACUUAUCUCAUUUUAACACAAAAUAGUGCAUAAUACGUUAUUUCCUGAAACACACAAGCAGAUUGUUUUUAGAAUGCUGUCUUAGAAUAAUUUUUCACUUGGUAAGAUCUUUCUGUGUUGAAUUUUCAACAGACAUUUUGCAAAGUUCUGAUUUUGUAAGCUGCUUUGAGGUUUUAGGACAAUCCAGAAGUAUGAAUCUUGUGAACUGAAAUAGAUGAACUUUUGUUCCUUGUGAGAGGAAAUUCUACUUAUUUUGCAGAGAUUUUUCCUUGGGACAAUUACACAAAGCCAGAUAUUCCAAAAUUUCAGCACUGCAAAGCUUUAAAAGAUUUCAGUGUUUAAUCAAUUGCUUUUUCAGACUUCACUGAAAACAGGAUAAUGAUACUAAUUUUGUUUCUAUCUCUUCCCCCACCACCCUCCCCUCACUAGAAACUUUAAGCCAUGCAGUGGGGAAUCCAACCCAUCAGCUGAAGGGAAUCCUGGGAGGAUCAGUCUUGUUUCCUGCCAAUGUAUCUCAAGGAAGAACAGUGGAGAAAAUUCAGUGGGACUUUCUACCCCAAAGGGGUGGCCUGGGCUUUUGGCUGACAGAAUUUAGUCAUGGGAAACUGGAGCACCAAAGUCCCACUGACCAGUUUCGACAACGGCUAGACAUGGUGGAUGAGACAACACUGAGGAUCAAAGACCUGGAGUUGGAUGACAGUGGGAUCUACAAUGUUCGCAUCUGGUUUACUAAGACACUGUUUAAAGAACAGUGUUUCAGCCUCACCGUUUAUGGUAAGUUAUUGCUUUCACUCUUUGACUCAUGGAAUAGGAUGAAUAGGACCCAAACCUUAUGCUGUUUUCAUUUGUGUUCCACAGAGCCAGUGCCAACACCACAGAUACACCACCAAGUGGAAUCCAAGACUCCAGGUGGAUGUAAUGUGACCUUGCGAUGCCACACAGCUGGAAGGAAAGAUCUCAGUAUCUCCUGGGAAACAGGGGAUCCGCACAGGGCCUUAGGAAAGAGUGUGAAUCAGUACCAGGUUUCUGACAAUGGCCGGGAGCUCCAUAUCUCCUUCUGGAACAGUUCUUUGGACCCCGAAUUCACCUGCCUGGUCAGCAAUCCUGUUGAUCGAAAGAGAGCCUCCUUUGACUUGCUAAACAUCUGCCAGAGUGAUGAAGGUGAGCAAUAUAUCCUUUCCUUCAUUAUCCAGAGGAGGUCCUUGUGGUGGCGAAAAGGCAGGCUAGCCCUUAACAUGAGGGAUUAGCAACACUUGCUUAUCUAUUGUUAUUUAUUCUACUGCUCUCAGCUGAGUGUGAGCAUGAGAAUCUGAAUCGCGGGGUCAUGAGUUUAAGCCCUGCAUUGAACAAAAGAUUCCUGCAAUGCAGGGGGUUGGACUAGAUUACUCUACUUGUCCCUUCCAACUCUACAAUUCUAUGAUUCCGUGAGAGUCACUCUGACGAUUGUUAUUAGAGUAUGUUUUGAGAGACUCUUAUUGUUCUUUGUGUGGGAUAUAAAGCUGUCAGUCAAGGCCAAUAUUCCGAGAGGACUAACUGCCUCUAUGAGGCAGGCAGUUUUGUCAGCUGGUUGGUCGGUUGCUGCAAGGAGUGUUAACUGGUAACUGCUCGGAUGCAGUCUUCUCAUGACUCACUACUAUCUAGUAUAUCUGUUAUGUAACCUAAGCCUGCCUUCAGGAACAACUCUGUAAACCUGAAUGAAUCUGAUAGUAAAGUAGUCUAUGUUAAUAUGAUUCAGAUUCAUGUGUGUUUUCUUUAAGAGGGACAGAAAGGGAUUAGCAACCAGGAAGGUAUAAUUAUUGAUAGGACUCAAACAAGUUAGCAACCUGCUUGUCGCCCACAUAAAUUCUGACAGGGGAUCGUUUUAACUCUGCUAAAUUAUAUAAACAUUCCCACACAUUGUAGGUGGACAGUUUGGACCCUCGAGUUGGAGACCAUUGCUUAUCUCUGCCCUCAUAGUUGUUUCGGUGAUAAUGGUGAUAAUGUUGAUGUGGAUGGUGGUGAUGCGGAUGCGUGGGAAGAUCAGAUUAGAAAGGCAGAGGUAGGACCAUCUCUAUUAACUUCUUCCAAAUCUCCAAAAUGGGGGCUUCCUGCCAAUAUACCUCUACCUUUCUUUUGCUUAUCCUGAGAGGCAGAGAGUGGUCAGUGCCAUGGACUCAAUAAUGUGUCUCAUUUUGCCCUCCACAGCUGUGAUGCAAGAGAAAGGGGAGAGUAUCCGGAGCUCAGGAGCCACCCAGAAGAUGGUGACGAGGUGAGAUGAUCGGUGCACAAAAUAAUGAUGGGGUGAUUAUUUUUAUCUACCAAUGAAAUCAUCUGAUACAUUUGGGAGGCGUUUAUUACUUCAGUUAUUAUUAUUAAUGUUGCAAUCUGUUAUUCUUAAAGAAACAACAGCAACAGCAGGAACCAGUGGAUUUCAAACAGGCCACUGACCUGAUAAUAAUAAUGAAUGGCCAUCAGUUUGGCACAACCCAUCCCUUCAAACCAUUUCUGCUCAUCUGCAGGAGGCUUCUCUUAAAAUUAACGUAUUUUUCGCUCUAUAAGACGCACCAGACCACAAGACGCACCUAGUUUUUGGAAGAGGAAAACAAGAAAAAAAUAUUCUGAAUCUCAGAAGCCAGAACAGCGAGAGGGAUCGCUGCGCAGUGAAAGCAGCAAUCCCUCUUGCUGUUCUGGCUUCUGGGAUAGCUGCGCAGCCUGCAUUCGCUCCAUAAGACGCACACACAUUUCCCCUUACUUUUUAGGAGGGAAAAAGUGAGUCUCAUAGAGCAAAAAAUACAAUACCUUUUGCUGGCACUGGACUCCAUCCCAUCCAGCCAAAAUAAGUACUAGCUUCUCUCUCUUAUGCUGGAAAGGCUGCGGAGAGAGGUGCUCAUUUUCAUGCAUGGUGGAGCUCCACGUUGGUCUACUCCUUUUGGGAAAAGGUUUUUCACACUUUUUUCCAAAAUUAUGCAGCAAUCCCCUCCACCCACAUGAGCUCUUGCCUUGUUAUCAUUAGACUCAAAUUUAAACAACAACCUUAAAUGCAGAGAUGGCCCUGAAGCAGCAUGCCAGAGCAAGAGAGUCUUAUCUCCCUCUCACUGUGUGUAAGACUCCCGUUUCUACUCCUCUCAGCUUGUCCUCCCUCCUCUUCGGAUUCCUCGCUGUCUGUCAGAACGUCCCUGACAUUUUCAUUGAGAGAAUAAACGGUAUUUGGAUUGAAAAAAACAAAAACAGGCCAGUGACCCAAAAAGACUUAACCAAUUGAUUAUGGCACAAGGGGAGGCAGGCAGCUUGUGCCAAGAUCCUGUUCCCAUCAGGGGAACAUGCACGCCCUGUUAUAGUGAGCAGAAUUGAACCCUCCCCUCUCCAGCUAGUGAAUGGAGGAUUCAGGCCUCUGGCCGCAGGGCUCUGCUUCCCACAUCCUUCCCCCAGUGAACCCAACAGGAUUGCGCUCUCCACUUACCAGCUGUUCUGGACUCUUCCCAAAAUACUAAUUUUAUCAUUGAUAAUAACUGAGUGCUGGAGAAUGGAAAUGACAUACUUUGGUCAAUUCAAAAUGGGCCAUUCCACCUGCUCUCUUAUGGUCAUAGUUAUGGCAAGUUCUCCAGUGGAACUAGAAAGCUAGCCCUAAAGGCUGGGACUGAGGUGUAGGGAAGAUGCCUGCUUUUAGGCAAAUUGGUAUCCUUUCUUGGAGAACACUGGACUUGGACAGGACUUUAAUUUUCUCCAGGGUUCAGUUGGGCCCAAAUGCCCAGAAAUUCUUUUAGGAGUUGCAUCUCCAGAGUCCCUCCUGUCAUAUUUUUCUCUUCCCUUCCAGGUUGACUCAGACAUAGAGGAUUUCGCAAGCAGUUCCAGGUCACCUUUUCCUUCUCUCAGUUCUUAUGUGGUCUCAGACACAGAGCCCUCAGAGAUUGAACACUGCAUCCCACAGACCAGCAUGGAAGAUCAGGAACAUCUCCUGGAGCCACUGCCAAGGAAUUCACUGAGGGUCCCUCAGGGGACAGACCCAUUGCUGUUCUCUCAAUGCUGCCAGUUGAGCCGGAGCUACAGCCUCCCUAGCAGCCUUAAACACUGGCCCCAAAAGUCCUGUUACCAGGCCAAAGAGCAAGAUACGAAGACUUAUCCAGUGAUUAUGGAAGGGGUCUCCUUGAGAGCAAAGAGUUCCAGAAAUGCCUUCAUCACCAGCACCAGCCAAGAGCAUCUAAGGCACUCCUCUUCAGCCUCCCUGUUGAUGGAAACAGCACAGGAAAGAUUGGAUGAGUGA